GGUUGACCCGGAAGCAGUCUGAUCCACGCGUGAAGCGUUGCAAAUACGAAGGCAAGCGGUGGAGACGAGCGGGACACAUACUGAGAAAACUGUUUUUGUAAAUCAGCAGCCAUGAGUUUGUUAACAAAGCCCAAGUCAGAGAUGACCCCUGAGGAGCUGCAGAAACGAGAGGAGGAGGAGUUCAACACUGGCCCCCUGUCUGUGCUCACACAGUCAGUCAAAAACAACACACAGGUCCUCAUUAACUGUCGCAACAACAAGAAGCUGCUCGGAAGAGUCAAGGCUUUUGACAGGCACUGCAACAUGGUCUUGGAGAAUGUAAAGGAGAUGUGGACGGAAGUUCCCAAGAGUGGGAAGGGAAAGAAGAAGUCUAAGCCCGUGAAUAAGGACCGCUACAUUUCUAAAAUGUUCCUCAGGGGCGACUCUGUCAUCGUCGUGCUGAGAAAUCCUCUGAUCACAGGAAAAUGAACUGCUCAUAGCUGAACCAGUCACUGAGCUCUUUUUCUUUAUUUGAGAGAUUGGAAGGCAGGGGACUGUCAUUAAUGUAAGGUUUUUUCAUUUUCGAUUUUCGUUGUUGGAUCACCGCAUUCACUCUUCAGACAGAAAUAUAGUGUCAACAAAUUGAUGUUUCUAGUUUUUUGAGAGUCGAUUAGGCAUAAAACUGCCUGAUUUUGCUUUGUCUGCAAAAGUCUUCUGUCUUUUUCAUUUUAAUAAUAAAAGUGAUGAAUAAAUUCCA